ACUAUAACCCACGUUUUUCUCAUUGUCAAAAUUCCGAUUUGAAAUCAGAAAUUUCUUCGCUUAGUAUCUGCAGUCAUGUCCGGGAAUUCCACCAGUAAACCAAUUCCGGUAACAGGCGGGGCAAACGAAUCAAAGCAUCAACCUUGUUCUGGACAGGAUCAUCCAGUUGACUCGGGCAGCAACGUUGAAUCGAUUACAAACUCAGACAUACCUGCUUCUGUACAACGUAAGAUCAGUCAACCAAUGUCUCCCUUGUCACUAUCUGCAAACACUCCGCCUAGUUAUAUUAAACUUGCUUCAUCUUCUUUAUCUGCACAGACUGCUCAACCAUUACCUUCCCCAGCCACAGAAAGAGCCAUUGCUUCCAUUACUCCAAUGUUGGAAGGUUUUGCUCCAAAAACAAGUGCUGAAGAAAGUCAAAGUGGAGUAGCUGCACAACUUGGCUCCCCCACUGAAUAUGCCCUUACUCCAGAUGCACUCAAGGCUCAUGAACAAAGAUCCUCCACUGAUUCAAGAUCUGCCUCUCAUGGAACUAUUCAUAUGGAUGCAAGUUCAACGUCUUCCAUCUUGAAGAAAACAAUUUCAAACUCAUCUACUGGUUCAAGAAAAUCUAUUUCUAUUUCAAAGGAUACAGAGGGUCCUCGUCUCCCCAAGAUCGGGAAAAUUGGUGUUUGUGCCAUGGAUGCCAAGGUUAUGUCAAAACCAUGUCGUCGUAUUCUUAACCGUUUGAUCGAAAAUGGGGAGUUUGAAACUGUCAUUUUUGGUGAUAAAGUCAUAUUGGAUGAAGCCAUUGAAAAUUGGCCAACUUGUGACUUUUUGGUCAGUUUCUUUUCCAAUGGAUUCCCCUUGGAAAAGGCAAUCCGUUAUGUCAACCUUCGUAAGCCAUACAUGAUUAAUGAUUUAGUAAUGCAAAAGGCCUUAUGGGAUAGAAGAUUGGUUUUAUCCAUCUUAAAUUUUGCUGAAGUGCCAUCUCCGGAUAGACUUGAAAUUAGUCGUGAUGGUGGACCAAAUAUUGAUGAAGUACUCAUGGGCAAAUUGAAAGAAUCUGGGGUUACUCAAGAACAUUUGAACACUUUGAUAAACCAACCUGAACCUGAAUGGAAAAUGCUUGAUGAAGAUACCUUAUGGGUGGACGGUAAGAUUUUGCAAAAGCCAUAUGUUGAAAAGCCAGUCGAUGGAGAAGAUCACAACGUUUACAUAUAUUACCCGAAGGAAACUGGUGGUGGUGGACGUCGUUUGUUCCGAAAGAUUGGUAACAAGUCUUCUGAGUUUGAUCCUGAAUUGUCCACUCCUCGUACUGAAGGUUCAUUCAUCUAUGAAAAAUUUAUGGAUACUGACAACUUUGAAGAUGUUAAAGCAUAUACUGUGGGGCCAACAUUCUGUCAUGCGGAAACUCGUAAAUCCCCUGUGGUUGAUGGGAUUGUUAGACGUAACACCCAUGGUAAGGAAAUUAGAUUCAUUACUCCUCUUAGUGAAAAGGAAACUGUAAUGGCCCAAAAGGUGAGUGCUAUUUUCCAGCAAGUUAUUUGUGGGUUUGAUUUAUUACGAGUUAAUGGAAAUUCAUAUGUCAUUGAUGUUAAUGGUUUUUCAUUCGUCAAGGAUAAUAACGAUUAUUAUGAUUCAUGUGCCUCUAUCUUGAGAAACUUAUUCAUCGAAGCCAAGAAAUCCCGUGAUUUAUUAAAGACCAAGAUUCCUCGUCUGUCUCAACUUCAUAAGGAUAGAUUUGAAGAAAAGCAGCAGAAAUGGGUCUUUAAAGGUAUGGUAUCGGUUAUUAGACAUGCUGAUCGUACCCCUAAGCAAAAGUUCAAGUACUCUUUCAAAUCUCCUUUGUUUAUUUCAUUACUUAAGGGACACAAAGAAGAAGUCAUCAUUAGAGCUGUUCCUGAUUUACAAGUUGUGUUGGAAACGGUUAAAGUUGCCCAAGAUAAAAACUUGGAAGAUCUUAAGAAAUUGGCACAACUUCGUAUGGCUUUAGAAAAGAAAAUGAAUUUCCCAGGUACAAAAGUUCAACUUAAGCCUGCUUUGAAUAAGGAAAAUUCGGAUAUUGUUGACAAGGUUCAAUUAAUUUUAAAAUGGGGUGGUGAACCAACCCAUUCUGCCAAGUUCCAAUCUCAUGAUGUUGGUGAACAAAUGAGACAAAAUAUUAAGUUAUUAAAUCGUGAAGCUUUGAAAGAUGUGAAAGUUUUCACAUCUUCUGAAAGAAGAGUUAUUGCAAGUGCUCAAUUGUCUACUAUGGCUCUUUUGGGUCUUGAUAAAGAAGAUGAACAAUUACCUGAUGAUUUCUUGAUCAUUAGAAAGGAUUUACUUGAUGAUUCUAACGCCGCAAAGGACCUUAUGGAUAAGGUGAAAAAGAAACUUAAACCACUUUUGAGACAAGGUGCUGAAGCUCCACCUCAAUUCACUUGGCCACCAAAGAUGCCUCAACCAUUCGUUGUUAUCAAGCGUGUGUGUGAGCUCAUGACAUAUCAUAAGCAAAUCAUGGAAUACAACUUUGAAAAUAAGGAUGUAUUGUCAUUUCAAAAGAAUUGGUGUUGUGGAGAAGAUCCAUUACUCUUUAGAGAAAGAUGGGAUAAGUUAUUCCAAGAAUUUACUACUGUGGAAAAGACUCAUCCUUCAAAGAUUUCUGAAUUGUACGAUACCAUGAAAUAUGAUGCGUUACAUAAUAGACAAUUCUUACAAAGAAUCUUUUCUUUUGAUCCUGAUGACAAUCUUUUGUUGGCUAAACUUAGUGAAUCAUGUGGUAGCACCAUUAAUUCAUCUGGCUUGGUAAGUGAAUACCCAAUCAAUAUUUUGGCUAUGAAUAACUUUAAGAUUCCUAAUGAAAGCAGUGGCGAUAAUGGUACGACAUCGGGAUUAAAUUCUGGAAAUACAUCUAGUAGUAAUAUUUCCAGCAUUGCCUCAUCUUCUACUCCAGCAUCAGCUGGGUCUUUGGGUUGGGUAUUAAAGGGUGCUACUUCAACUGUGAAUGAUUCUGAUUCCAACAACGAAUCCAACACCAAUAGAAAGACGGGAGACCCUUGUAGUCACAACAAUCCAUUUGAUCAUCCUACAUUUGCUCGUUUGAGAGAAUUGUAUAGGUUAUCUAAAGUGUUGUUUGAUUUCAUUUGUCCACAAGAAUACGGUAUUAAGGAUGAAGAAAAACUUGAUAUUGGUUUGUUGACUUCGUUACCUCUUGCUAAACAGAUUUUAUCUGAUAUUCAAGAUAUGAGAGCUCAUGAUACUGCUGCUGUACUGAAUUAUUUCACUAAGGAAUCUCAUAUUUACACCUUGUUGAAUGUUAUUUAUGAAUCUCAAAUCCCAAUGAAGAUUGCUAGAAAUGCCUUGCCUGAAUUGGAUUAUUUGUCUCAAAUUACUUUUGAGUUGUAUGAAUCUGGCGACACCAACAGUCCAAAUGGUAAACAACAUUCUAUUAGAUUGUCAUUAUCGCCAGGAUGUCACACUCAAGAUCCUUUGGAUGUUCAACUUGAUGAUGACCAUUACAUUGGAUGCAUUCCAAAGAUUAGUUUGACUAGACAUUUGGAUAUCGAUUUAGUCAUUCAAAGAUUGAAAACAAGAUUUUCCAGAGUGUCAUUGCCAAAGAAAUUCACACCUGUUAACAUUUCAAGUCCGCUUGCGGGUGGUUUGUGAUACAGAGGAUGAAUUAAAUUCUUUAGAUUAGAUAGUAUCAUAAUGUAUAUUUCCUCCAAUGAAUCUUAAAAUUAAAUAAAGCCAUUAAC